GAAACGUGGAGUGUGGCCUACGGAGGCACACAUUACCAUUGCGCUCUCUUGUUAUCGUCGACGUACGCCCAGCGUUACGCUUGGAGGCGAUUUUUUUUCCGGGUGUCGUCUUAACGGACGUUUGUUACUCCUAGUUUUUUUUUUCGCACUCUCCGCACUCUCCGCAGCUCGACGAACGGUUGCCGGCUUCUUCUUUUCUUUUCUUUUUUUUCCCUCUCUGUUAGCCUGAAGGCGCCGCCGUCAUGUCGAACAAAGCGGAGCUGGCUGCCCUGAUGGCAUCCGACGGCGACUAUGAAAAGAAGAUCUCUCUCCUAAAGAAGGCCGUCGUGGCCGUGACGAAGCAGAAGCAGGAGAUCGAGACCCGUCAGACGCAGCUGCAGGAGGAGCUUCGCACCGCCACGCAGCACCUCACGGAGGCGCAGCGCGAGAACGCGGCGCUGCAGCGCAAAGUGAAGACGCUGGAGGCGCAGGUGGAGCAGCAGCGGAGCAGCGGCUCCGCCUUCGGACAAAACAUGUUGAAAGGUCUGUCGUCUAUCAUGGGAAGCAACGACGCAGGUGGUCGUGCAGGUGGCCGCGGAGGACGCGGUAGUGAUACUCGGGCGCAGCUCGCCCUGUCCGCUGAAGAUGUGGAGCGCUUAGUGACGGAGAACGAGCAGCUGCAUCGAGAAAAGUACACCUACCAAACAAAGUUUGAGGACGCCCAACGCACCGGCACGAAGGACGCGGAGAACCUGCGGAACGACGUGGCGCGGCUGCAGCGGGAGCUGGGGGAGCUGCACGGCACCCUCGACACCGUCACCGGUCAGUGCGAUCGACUCAACGCGGACUACUUGGUUGAGCGAGCGUUGGGUGACUUCUGCCGCCACUUCUUCGUCGCCGCCCUCCGUCGCAGCACGGCGUCGUUAACUUCGCUGGGUGGAGCAGAAGUCGUGGCGGAGUUGCAGUGGCCUGCUGCACCGCGCACACAGCCGCAGCCGGCGCCUUCGCCUCUCUCUUCUUCCCGCAACGAUCUUCCAGCGGAGUCGCCGCCGUCGCCGAGCAGUCCGGCGCUGUUGAGCGGUGCAAUGCCGGCUGAGGCACUGGAGCAGGUGGUGCGUGCGCUGCAGAGUUCGUGUGGCACCGUUAAGACCCUCCUCCGUGCCAUCUCCGUUCUUAUUGUGGUGCUGCGCGAGCAGCUGCCGCGGCGGGAGCGCGCCACCGUCGGCGACUUGGAGUGCCUGCGGGACCGCCUUUGCGUCUUUCUCGACGCCCAUACGAUCAAGAAAGACCGCCUAAUGUACUUUCUGGAGCAGCUCGACACGCACCUCGCCAGCUUGUUGAUACCCAUCGACGCGGUGGCGAAGGACGGCGCCGCGCCAACGGCGGAGACGCUCGCCGCGGCGCAAGACGAGGUGUUGCAGCUCUUCCUGGAGUGGCUGGGCCUCCUCCGCGCGCAGACGCCGCUGCUGGUGGAGAGUUGUGUGUCUUACCUCUCUCCGGGCCACACCUACACCCUCCACGCACGCAGGGGUGCUACUAGCGGACAUUCAGAGGAGGAUGUCGCACGGCCGGCACUGACGAGCCCGUCACGCACCACAACGGAUCGGGCGGAGUUUGUGGAGGAGGUGACGAAGUACGGCUACGCGACGCUGGCGUCCGUCGAGGGCGCCCUCACGGCUGCACGGAUGCUCCUCCAGCGCUCGCCCACCGCCUACGGCAGCUCUCCCCGUGCGGUAAACGCGGAGGGAGACGUGCCCCGAAACGGCCGGGUGCUCGGCGACGAGGUGGACGCAGUGGGGGACACGGACCAGCUGAACACCCCCCCACGUGGUGCCGCAUCCUCCGUAGUGGAGGUGGGCGCGUUGCUGGCGCUGCAGCGAUUCUGGUGGGAAGGCUGCACCUCUGCGCGUGCGCUGCACACGUCCGCCCGCGUGCUUGAUGGCGGUGUGCAGGACUUGGCGGAGGCUUGCAACAAGAGCGAGGUGCGGGAUGCCCUGCUGUACCUCAGCCGGUGCCUGCGCAGCCUCGCUACGGCGUCCGCGGACAUUGAGUUGAGGGAGAAGGAUACCGAGGCCGUUAUGGAGGCGGUGCGGCCCGCCAAGUGUUUUUGCAGUGGCGGUUGUGGUGAAGGUGGUGUGUCCGGCGACGCCUCAACGAAACUGCCGUCUGCCGCGUCUUCCCGAGCAGCAACAGCAGCAGUGGUAGCAGCGAAUGGACACGGGCGUGACGGCCGUAUCUCUCUCCUCCCUGCCUCCGCGGAGGCCUACGAGGAGGUCCUGGUGGCUCUCGCCGCCGCCGAUCGUGCCGCGGUGGCCUACUACACGCAAAUGAACUACCUAUACAGGGAGUUGGCGGACAAGGAGGAUGCGGUGCAGACCGCCGCGGAGGCGGUCCGGCAGAUGAAAAAGCUGCUGGAGAUGGAGCGGACGGAGUCGGAGCACACGCAGCAGACGAUGCAGGCCCAAAUCAGCGUAUUAUCGAACCAACUUAUUGAGAUGGCCGAUGCCGCCCAGGCGCCACAGCUGCCGCGACCGCACUGA